AGAUAAUGCUCGUCACGAUCAACCGGCGGUAUUCCUUCUUCAGAUAAAAGAACAAUAGUUUAUUAUAUUUACAAUCUAACAUAUUUUUGGAGUGACGUGACUUAAUUGAAUUAUGAAGUAUUAAGGAAUCUAUCUGUUAUACUCAUGAAUAUAAAAUAGAACACUUAUCGAUAAAAUCGGAGUUGUCGUUUAUUUGUAUUGAAAGUGUUGAUGAAAAUCUAUUUGUUACUCAAAUGGAGGCUAAUAUAAAGGAAUCCGAAGCGCAGGGCUACAAUCCCUUUGAACAUCGGCAAGUUAAGAAGCCAAAUUCUUUUAUCAGAUCGUUAGGUAAUUUACUAAAAGCAUCGCUGGGAUCCGGCAUCCUCGCUGUACCGCUGGCAUUUAAAAACUCAGGAUGGGGUGUAGGGAUUAUUGGGACUGUUAUAAUAGCAUUCAUAUGUGGACACUGCGUUUAUAUAUUUGUUCAAGUUUCUAGGAAUUGUUGUAAAGCUGUCCGGAAACCCCUUCUGAACUACGCAGAAACAUGCAAAGUAGCCUUUGCUAUCGGACCCAAGAAACUGAGGCCUCUGUCUUCGGCCGCCGGAGCCUUCGCGGAAUUUUCUUUAGUUUUCACUUAUAUUGGAGUUUGCUGCAUAUUCACAGUGUUGAUAGCUGAUUCAAUAAAACAGCUCUUCGACCAAUACGUGCCAGGGUGCAUAUUGUCAGUGCAGUAUUACUGCCUGAUAUUAAUAGUCCCGCUCUGUCUAAUGGUACAGAUACGAUAUUUGAAAUGGCUGGCUCCCCUCUCUUUGAUGGCCAACGUUUUACUUAUAGCAACAUUUGGAAUUUGCAUCUACUAUGUAUUCAAAGAUGAAAUUACGAUAUCGGACAAACGGGUGGUUGGACACGCGUCUCGAUUCCCCGCAUUUCUUUCAACUGUCAUAUUUGCUAUGGAAGGAAUCGGUGUGGUAAUGCCAGUGGAAAAUAAUAUGAAAAAACCAGAACAAUUCCUCGGGUGUCGAGGUGUUCUGGUGAUAGCCAUGACUUUCGUAAUGCUACUGUAUUGUGUUCUGGGGUUGUUUGGAUAUUUUAGAUACGGCGACGACUUGCAGGGAUCUAUUACAUUGAACCUGCCCAUGAAUGACUGGCCAGCAAUUUGUGGAAAGAUUUUUAUAGCCAUAUCGAUUUUGUUCACGUAUCCCUUACACUUCUACGUUGUAACAGAUGUACUCACGAAAUAUGCCGAACCGAAUAUUAAAGAAAAGUAUAGAAAUUUAGCACAAGUUAUUGGGAGAAUUGCAAUUGUAUGUCUCUGCGGUGGUAUCGGCAUAGCACUGCCAAUGUUGGAACAAAUCAUUAAUAUCGUGGGCGCGCUCUUUUACUCAAUACUGGGCCUUAUUAUUCCUGGAAUUAUAGAGACCAUCAAUCGAUGGGAACACCUUGGCAAAUAUAAUUGGAUCCUGUGGAAGAAUAUUCUUAUUGUAUUAUUUGGCUUUUGUAGUCUGAUAUCUGGUCUUACAGUAACGAUACUUGAUAUCAUUGAAAAUCUCAAUAAGAAAAAUGAAUAAAAU